GUAUGUGGAUCACGAUACAAUGCCUACUGCUGUCCGGGCUGGAAAACAUUACCUGGUGGAAAUCAAUGCAUAGUCCCUAUUUGUAGGCAUUCCUGUGGAGAUGGAUUUUGCUCAAGACCCAACAUGUGUACGUGUCCAAAUGGCCAGAUUGCUCCGUCCUGUGCAUCAAAAUCAGUGCAACAUUGCAACGUCCGAUGCAUGAACGGUGGCACCUGUAGCGAAGACCAUUGCCUCUGCCAGAAGGGAUACACCGGAACACACUGCGGCCAGCCUGUCUGUGAAAGUGGAUGCCUCAACGGAGGGAGGUGUGUCGCGCCAAACAGAUGCGCUUGCACUUACGGCUUUACCGGACCUCAGUGUGAAAGAGAUUACAGGACAGGCCCAUGUUUCACGAUGAUCACCAACCAGAUGUGUCAGGGGCAGCUCAGCGGAAUCGUCUGCACGAAAACCCUCUGUUGUGCGACCGUCGGGAGAGCGUGGGGCCACCCCUGUGAGAUGUGUCCGGCUCAGCCCCAUCCAUGCCGCCGGGGUUUCAUUCCGAACAUACGCACAGGAGCCUGUCAAGAUGUGGACGAGUGCCAGGCCAUCCCUGGGAUCUGUCAAGGGGGAAAUUGCAUUAAUACUGUUGGAUCUUUUGAGUGCAAAUGCCCAGCUGGACAUAAAUUUAAUGAAGUGACACAAAAAUGCGAUGAUAUUGAUGAAUGCAGCACCAUCCUUGGUAUCUGUGAGGCAGGAGAAUGUUCUAACACGGUUGGAAGUUACUUUUGCAAAUGUCCUUCUGGAUUUUACACAUCUCCAGAUGGCUCUAGGUGCAUAGAUGUGCGUCCAGGAUACUGCUUUUCCUCCCUCACUAACGGCCGCUGCGGAAACCAGCUCCAGCAGGUGUUGACCAAAAUGCAGUGCUGUUGCGAUUCUGGACGGUGCUGGUCCCCUGGUGCCACGAGCGCCCCUGAAAUGUGCCCCAUCCGCGCUACCGAGGAGUUCCGGAAAUUGUGCACCCUUGCGAGCAUGCUGCCUGCCAGGCCGGACAUCCCCGGCGUUCCAGGUCUCCUGCCUCCUGUCUUUCCACCCGAGGUGUAUCCACCCCCAGUGUUUCCACCUGACGUGGUUGUGCCGUCCCGUAGACCGAUAGUACCAGGUGUUGUUCCAGUUAAUGUGACCCGACCUCAAGUCAACUUCUGCCAGUUGUAUCAGAAUCUCUGCCUUAAUGGACGAUGUAUCCCGACUCCAGGAAGUUAUCGCUGUGAAUGCAAGAAAGGAUUUGAACUGGACCUUAGAGGGGAAUGCAUCGAUAUUGAUGAGUGUGAGAGGAAUCCCUGUAUCGGUGGAGACUGCGUGAAUACGCAAGGGUCCUACAUCUGCCAGUGCCGGCCUGGCUACCAGAGUACCCUCAUGAGGACCGAAUGCCGAGACAUUGACGAAUGCUUACAGAAUGGCCGGAUAUGUAGUAACGGGCGGUGCAUCAACACGGACGGCAGCUUCCACUGUGUUUGCAAUGCUGGAUUUCACGUGACAGCAGAUGGCAAGAACUGUGAAGAUAUGGAUGAGUGCAGCAUACGGAACAUGUGUCUCAACGGCAUGUGCAUCAAUGAGGAUGGAAGCUUCAAGUGCAUUUGCAAGCCCGGUUUCCAGUUAGCUUCAGACGGCCGUUACUGUAGAGACAUUGACGAGUGUGAGACACCUGGAAUCUGCAUGAACGGGCGCUGUGUGAACACCGAAGGCUCCUUCAGGUGCGAAUGCUUCCCAGGCCUUGCAGUGGGGCUAGAUGGACGCGUUUGCGUUGACACGCAUAUGCGAAGCACAUGCUACGGUGAAUACAGGAGAGGCCAGUGUGUUAAACCGUUGUCUGGAGCAGUAACGAAAUCAGAAUGUUGUUGUGCCAGCACGGACUAUGCCUUUGGAGAACCCUGCCAGCCUUGCCCCGCACAAAGCUCAGAUGAAUACCACGGUCUUUGCAGCAGUGGUCCCGGCAUGACUGCAACCGGAACGGAUAUAAAUGAAUGUGCUUUGGAUCCCGAUAUUUGUCCAAACGGCAUCUGUGAAAACCUGCGCGGAACAUACAAGUGCAUCUGUAACUUUGGCUAUGAAGUGGAUUCAACUGGGAAAAACUGCUUAGACAUCGAUGAGUGUGUCUUGAACGCCUUGCUCUGUGACAACGGCCAGUGCAGGAAUACCCCGGGAAGCUUCUCUUGCACGUGUCCCAAAGGGUUUGUCUACAAGCCUGAUCUGCAGACGUGUGAAGAUAUUGAUGAGUGUGAAUCCAGUCCGUGUGUUAAUGGAGUGUGCAAAAACACCCCAGGCUCUUUUGCUUGUGAAUGUUCGCGGGAAAGUUCUUUGGACGCCACAAAGACCAUCUGCAUUGAGACUGUUAAAGGCACUUGCUGGCAGACCAUUGUGAAUGGGAGGUGUGAAAUCAACAUCAACGGGGCCACUUUGAAAUCCCAGUGCUGUUCCUCUCUCGGUGCUGCGUGGGGUAGUCCUUGCGUUCCCUGUGAACGAGAUCCAAUCUGCUCAAAGGGCUACUCAAGGAUUCGAGGAACACUGUGUGAAGAUGUCAAUGAGUGUGACGUGUUUCCUGGGGUGUGCACAAAUGGCGUCUGUAUCAACACUUUGGGAUCCUUUGUCUGCCAGUGUCCCAGUGGAAUGACCUUGGAUGCCACCGGACGAAGAUGUAUCGAUAUCCGUUUGGAGACCUGCUAUCUGAAACACGAUGACGAAGACUGCACCUCGCCGAUUGGAGGGCGGCAUCGGCUGGACGCCUGCUGCUGCUCGGUGGGUGCCGCCUGGGGCCCGGACUGCGACGAGUGCCCCUCGAAGGGAACCCCGGAGUACGAAGCUCUCUGCCCGCGAGGACCGGGGUUUUCCACCCGAGGCGAGAUCAUCAACGGGAAACCCUUUUUCAAAGAUAUCAAUGAAUGCAAAAUGAUUCCAAGACUUUGCACCUAUGGAAAAUGCAGAAACACAAUCGGCAGCUUCCGGUGUAAAUGCGACAGUGGGUUUGCGCUGGAUUCAGAAGAGAGGAAUUGUACAGAUAUUGACGAAUGCCGCAUCUCUCCAGACCUUUGUGGCCAAGGGCUUUGUGUCAACACCCCCGGAGACUUCCACUGCGAUUGUUUCGAGGGCUACGAAAGUGGAUUUAUGAUGAUGAAAAACUGCAUGGACAUCGAUGAAUGCGAGAGGAACCCUCUGCUGUGUCGAGGUGGGGUUUGCAUCAACACCGAAGGAAGCUUCAAGUGCGACUGCCCUCCAGGGCAUCAGUUGUCUCCAAACAUCUCCGCCUGCGUAGAUAUUGAUGAGUGUCAGCUCAGCGUGAACCUGUGCAGAAACGGGCGCUGUAUCAACGUCAUUGGGAAAUACCAGUGCGCCUGCAACCCGGGAUAUCAGUCCACACCGGACAAGUUGUUCUGUGUUGAUAUCGAUGAAUGCAGCAUCAUGAACGGGGGCUGUGACACCUUCUGCACGAAUUCGGAAGGCAGCUACGAGUGCAGCUGUAGACCGGGAUAUGCCCUCAUGCCAGACCACAGGACUUGCACUGAUAUUGAUGAAUGUGAAGACAACCUUCACAUCUGUGACGGGGGUCAGUGCACCAACAUACCUGGAGAGUACAGGUGCCUUUGCUACGACGGCUUCAUGACCUCCGAAGACAUGAAAACCUGUUUAGAUGUUAAUGAAUGUGAACUGAACCCCAAUAUCUGUCUGAGUGGAAGUUGUGAGAAUACAAAAGGCUCCUUUAUCUGUCACUGCGAUCUGGGAUAUUCUGGGAAGAAAGGGACAACCGGUUGCACAGAUAUUAACGAGUGUGAAGUCGGGGCUCAUAACUGUGACCGCCACGCUAUAUGUACAAACACAGCUGGAAGCUUCAAGUGCAGCUGCAGCCCAGGCUGGCUUGGGGAUGGUAUCAAAUGCACAGACCUAGAUGAAUGCUCCAACGGGACACACAUGUGCAGCCCACACGCAGACUGCAAGAACACCAUGGGUUCGUACCGGUGCCUGUGUAAAGAAGGAUACGCCGGGGACGGGUUCGCAUGUACAGACAUCGAUGAGUGCUCAGAAAACUUGAACCUCUGCGAAAAUGGUCAGUGCUUAAACGCCCCUGGAGGUUAUCGCUGCGAAUGUGACAUGGGAUUUUUGCCAAGUCCAGAUGGAAAAGCUUGUGAAGACAUUGACGAGUGUACUCUCCCCAACAUUUGCGUCUACGGGACUUGCCACAACCUGCCUGGCCUUUUCCGAUGCGAGUGCGAGACGGGAUAUGAACUGGACAGAAGUGGUGGCAACUGCACAGAUAUCAACGAAUGUGCAGACCCGACCACCUGCAUCAGCGGCACCUGCCUCAACAUCCCAGGCAGCUACACCUGCGAGUGCCCACCGGAUUUCGAACUGAACCCCACCCGCGUCGGAUGUGUUGAUACACGUUCUGGCUACUGUUACUUGGAGAUUAAACCUCGAGGAGAUAACGGGGACGUGGCUUGCAGCAACGAAAUCGGCGUCGGCGUUUCCAAGGCCUCUUGCUGCUGUUCCCUUGGCAAAGCGUGGGGGAUCCCGUGUGAACAGUGUCCUGCCGUGAACUCAACUGACUACAAGCUGCUGUGUCCAGGAGGAGAAGGAUUCCGCCCAAAUCCCAUUACAGUCAUUUUGGAAGAUAUUGACGAGUGUCAGGAACUUCCUGGGCUUUGCCAAGGUGGGCAAUGCAUCAAUUCCUUUGGCAGCUUUCAAUGCCAGUGUCCAUCCGGCUAUUAUCUGAAUGAAGACACUCGAGUCUGUGAUGAUAUCGACGAGUGCAUCACCCCUGGCCUCUGUGGGCCAGGCACUUGCUACAACACCAUCGGGAACUACACGUGCAUCUGCCCUCCGGACUACAUGCAAGUGAACGGUGGAAACAACUGCAUGGAUAUGAGGAGGAGCCUGUGCUACAGGAACUAUUACGCUGAAAACCAGACCUGUGAUGGGGAGCUGCUCUUCAACAUGACCAAGAAGAUGUGUUGCUGUUCGUACAACAUCGGGAGAGCCUGGAACAGGCCCUGCGAGCAGUGCCCCAUCCCCAGCACCGAUGAAUUUUCAACCCUGUGUGGAAGUCAAAGGCCUGGUUUCUUCAUCGACAUUUACACGGGGCUGCCUGUUGAUAUUGACGAGUGCCGCGAGAUCCCAGGCGUCUGCGAGAACGGUGUCUGCAUCAAUCUGGUCGGCAGCUUCCGUUGCGAAUGUCCAGCAGGAUUUUUCUACAACGAUAAGCUCCUGAUCUGUGAAGACAUCGAUGAAUGUCAAAAUGGGCACAUAUGUCAGCAAAAUGCGGAUUGCAUCAACACCCCUGGCAGUUACCGUUGUGACUGCAAACCGGGCUACCGAUUCACACCUGUUGGCCGGUGUGUGGAUCGCAACGAGUGUCAAGAGAUCCCCAACAUAUGUAGCCACGGGGAUUGCAUAGACCGCGAGGGAGGCUACAUCUGCCGUUGUCACACUGGAUUCAAAACCAAUGAGGAUCAAAACAUGUGCAUAGAUAUUGAUGAGUGCGAGCGAGACCCAUGUGGAAAUGGCACGUGUAGGAACACAGUCGGCUCCUUCAAUUGCCGCUGUUUCACAGGAUUCAUCCUUUCUCACAAUAAUGACUGCAUAGACAUUGACGAAUGUGCCAGUGGCAAUGGAAACCUGUGCAGAAAUGGCCGAUGCAUCAAUACCGUCGGUUCAUUCCAGUGUCUCUGCAACGAUGGCUAUGAGAUGCCUCCAGAUGGAAGGACCUGCGUCGACAUCAAUGAGUGUGCGCUGGAUCCGACCAAAUGUGUCCCAGGGACCUGUCAGAAUCUGGAUGGCUCGUACCGAUGCAUCUGCCCGCCUGGAUACGUGCUGGAGAAUGACAAAUGUAACGAUAUUGACGAGUGCGUGGAAGAGGCAGAGAUUUGCGCCCUGGGUACCUGCAAGAACACCGAGGGGAGUUUCACCUGCUUGUGCCCCGAAGGGUUUAUUGUCUCCUUGAGUGGACGAAGAUGCCAAGAUCUGAGAAUAAGCUACUGUUUCACCAAAUUUGAAGACGGGAAAUGUACUGUUCCCAAAUCCAGAAACCAUUCCAAGCAAGAGUGUUGUUGCAAUAUGAACGGAGAAGGAUGGGGUGACCCCUGUGAACUCUGCCCGGAAGAAGCAAACGAAGCUUAUCGGCAAAUUUGUCCAUACGGAUCUGGCAUUCUGGUUGGACCACAUGGUGAACGCAUUGAUGCGGACGAGUGUCAAGAUCCUGACAACUGCAAACACGGGCAAUGUAUCAAUACCGAUGGCUCCUUCCGUUGUGAAUGUCCGUUUGGUUAUGUCCUUGAGGGGACCGAAUGUGUAGAUACUGACGAGUGCUCGGUAGGGAAUCCGUGUGGCAACGGGACCUGCAAGAACAUCAUUGGAAGUUUUGAAUGCAGUUGUGAGGAAGGGUUUGAGCCUGGACCGAUGGUGACCUGCGAAGAUGUAAACGAAUGUGCUCAGAAUCCUCUGCUUUGCGCCUUCCGGUGCGUGAACACCUACGGAUCCUAUGAAUGCAAGUGUCCUGCUGGGUACAUCCUUCGAGAAGACAAGCGGAUGUGUAAAGAUCAGAACGAGUGCGAAGAAGGGAUUCACGACUGUGACUCAAAGCAAAUGACGUGCAAAAAUCUGAUCGGCACCUACAUGUGCAUCUGUGGACCGGGAUUCCAGCCUAGGCCAGAUGGGGAAGGUUGCACAGAUGAGAAUGAAUGCCAGAGUAAACCUGGGCUGUGUGAAAACGGACGUUGCAUCAACACGCAAGGAAGUUACCGGUGCGAAUGCCACGAUGGAUUCAAUGUCAACGAAGCCCAGAAUGAAUGCAUAGACAACCGAGAGGGCUACUGCUUCACCGAGGUCUUGCAGAGCAUGUGUCAGAUUGGCUCCAGCAACCGGAACCCCAUCACCAAGUCCGAGUGCUGCUGCGAUGGGGGGCGAGGGUGGGGCCCCAACUGCGAGAUCUGCCCCUUCAUGGGCACUGUCGCCUUUAAAAAGCUUUGUCCCCAUGGCCGUGGAUACACCACCGAUGGUGCAGAUAUUGACGAAUGCAAGGUUAUUCACGACGUUUGCCGGAACGGGGAGUGUAUCAACGAGAGAGGGUCCUACCGAUGCCUCUGCAAGGAAGGCUACACCACCGAUAUCACGGGCACUCUCUGCAUAGAUCUGAAUGAGUGCAAUCUGUCUCCAAAGCCUUGCAAUUUCAUCUGCAAAAACACCGAAGGGAGUUACCAGUGCUCGUGUCCCAAGGGGUACAUUUUGCAAGAAGACGGAAGGAGCUGCAAAGAUCUUGACGAAUGCGCCACCAAACAACACAACUGCCAGUUCAUUUGUGUCAACACGAUGGGAGGCUUCACGUGUAAAUGCCCCCCUGGGUUUACUCAGCACCAUUCAGCUUGUAUCGAUAACAACGAAUGUGCCACGGACGUCAAUCUUUGUGGCUCGAAGGGCAUUUGUCAGAACACACCUGGAAGCUUCACCUGCGAAUGUCAGCGUGGCUUUGCCCUGGACCAAACGGGUGCCAGCUGUGAAGAUGUUGAUGAGUGUGAUGGAAACCAUCGUUGCCAGCAUGGUUGCCAGAAUAUCAUUGGGGGCUACAGGUGCAGCUGUCCGCAAGGAUAUCUCCAGCAUUACCAGUGGAACCAGUGUGUGGAUGAGAACGAAUGCCUCAGCGCCCAUGUCUGCGGUGGAGCGUCUUGCCACAACACUCUGGGCAGUUACAAGUGCAUGUGUCCGGCCGGGUAUCAUUUUGAGCAGUUCACGGGAGCGUGCCAAGACGUCAACGAGUGUGGCUCUUCACAAGCUCCGUGCAGUUAUGGGUGCUCGAACACGGAAGGCGGUUACGUCUGCGGCUGCCCGCCGGGGUACUUCCGAAUAGGACAAGGACAUUGCGUUUCCGGGAUGGGUCUGGGCAAAGGCCACGGACAGGACCUCUCAGUCAGCGGUGAAGUUGAUGACAACUCGUUAUCUCCAGAAGCUUGCUAUGACUGUAAAAUCAACGGCUAUCCUAAGAGGGGCAGGAAACGGCGAAGCACCAAUGAAACAGAGGCACUCGACACAGAGGAUCAGCCCGAGAUGGAGGCAGCUGUUAACCUCGAGAGCUGGGAUGCUGAAAAACCAGCUAUCCUUUCUUUCAACAUCUCUGAACUUAAUAAUAAAGAUCGCAUCUUGAAACUGAUCCCUGCUCUCACAACACUGACAAAUCACAACCGAUAUUUAAUAGACCACGGGAAUGAAGGUGGUUUCUUUAGGAUAAACCAGAAAGAUGGAAUCAGCUUCCUCCACUUAACGAAGAAGAGGCCCAUGCCGGGAACCUAUUCGUUACAGAUCAGUAGUAUCCCACUCUAUAAAAAGAAGGAACUCAACCACCUUGAAGACAAACAUGACAAAGACUACCUCAGUGGUGAGCUAGGAGACAGCCUGAAAAUGAGAAUUGAAAUUUUGCUUCAUUAAUUCACCAUCCAGAGACCAAAUAAAUCCAAUAGAGCCAAAGAUAGCUAAAGCCGAGACUUGAAUGUUUCCUUUUCCCAGUAAGAUUGCUCCAUACCCCACAGGUACAGCCCUUCACGAAUACAUUGGAACGUGUGAGCACAACGCUGUUUUGACCUAAAGCAAGGUACAAGAAGGAAGCUGUACGUUCACAGCAACUACUUUCCCAGGCGCUUCUGGUAAGUGUAGCGAUCUCGAUAUGCUGAAUCUUGAAGACUGGGACUGCUGUCGGAAGUUUGUCCACAGGUGCCGGAGCAAAAACUCUCCCAGCAGUGAUGCAAGAAUGCAACUUCCAUCUGCGGAUUCUCUCUCUCUCUCUCUCUUUUUUUUAAAAAAGGAUCUUAAAACCUGCUUCUCCAGCUACAUCUUACUAGGUCAGCCAUUUGCGAUAUCCAUUUGGUGCUAGAAAAAUGUCCAUCCUAGAUUUUAUAAAUGCACUGUAAUAUAUACACGAUUUAGAAGCCAAAGAAAGUGCAAUUACUCAGUUCUAAAUACAGCAAUCAACCAAAGUUUAGCUCAAUAGUUUAUCUCAGUUAUACCUAUAAUACAAUACAUGUAAAUUAAGUGUGUGUAUACUGUAACCAAACUAUUUUUAUCCAUGAAGCAUUUGUAAACUAGAUUUAAAACACCCUUAAAUGGUGAGGGUUUAUAAUGGUGCUUAUACGACCAACUACUCAACUGUAUACACAAAUUUGGUGAUGAAAUUUCUGUGACAAUCAAAAAUGCACUGAGGUCAGUGGGGAUCAAUAAACAUUAUCAGAAGUUGCAUGAUGCUGUGCCAUCCACCGAUAACGCCAUGACAAUGUAACACAUGUCAAAAUCACCUACAUGAUUCACAUCAAGAAGGGUUCAGUGUCAAACGUCACAAUAAAACAGUUCUUUUUUUAGUUCA